UUAUAUUCCAAACUUAACCAAAAUUCAAAAUUGAGGCCAGAGGAAAAAAAAUAUCCUUAAUUGGUAUUCAUAUUUCUAGUCCACUUUUUCUUCUGUUCUUCAUCCUAGCUAAUUGUUGCACCAUUCUGCCUCUCUCUUGAACUUCAAGAAUCCAUUAUUUCGUAGCUUGUGGGUGUUUGUGUCGAUAUUAUUGUCGACUUUUUUGAAUCAAUCAUGAAUGAAUUAGGAGAAUGAAGGUUGGGGUUUCAUAUCAGCAAUAGAAUUACUGCCAUAUAUAUAAUCUAGAAAUAUCGUAUUGAAUGGCGACUACCAACAGCGAUAAACAUGCAAAGGUGAUGAACCCUAAGAUGAAGGGUCUUUUUAAAGGCCUUAGAUACAUUUCCCAGAUAUUUGAGGAAGAAAAGGAAGAUGAAAUACAGAUUGGUUUACCCACAGAUGUGAAGCAUGUGGCUCACAUUGGAUCUGACGGACCUUCAAAUGAUGCCCCUAGCUGGAUGAAAGGAUUCAACUCAGGCACACUAUCAUCACCCUCCAAUGAGGAUGACCAUGACAAUAACAGUAAUACCAAAUGGGUUUCUGAAGACUCAAAGAGAGGCACCAAAGCAGGUGCAGAUUCUCCUGGAAAAGACUCCCAAGGAGGAGGAGGAGCUCCAAGACAGUCACGGCGCCGCAACUCAUCGGAGAGCAACACCACCGGUGACACCUCCCCUAAGAAGAGAGAUCCAUCCUCGAAAUCCAGGUCGACUAGGAGGUCAUCCAAGGAGUCGACGUCAUCAUCGGGCCCCGAUGCCCCGAAGAAGGGCCGGAGAAAGAAGUCGAAGGAGCAAGUUAGUGGCGCCGGAUCGGGGCGGUCGAGAUCGAAAACUGGCGGUGCCGCCGAUGAUGAUUCGGUGAAACAAACUCAACAGGAUGAUCAUGGCAACCAUGAUGAAGAGCAGAGUUAAAGGAAGGUGGAUUUUAAUUAUUCUUUUUUUUUUUUUUUUUUUUUCAAAUUUGGGGGCAUUUGUUUAAUUAAUUUUGUUGAUUUGUGCAUUAAGUUCAAAUAAUUAGGCAUAGCUAUAGAGGUCCAUAAAAAGGGAAUAUUCCCUUUAGAUUGAACUACCCACUAAGUGUGUGUGGUUUUUGGAACUCUCUCUGGUCAUAUUAUACUUUCAUUUUUUAAUCCACAGCAGGCAACGCCUUGAUUAAA